UGCCUCGCUGUUUGAAUUCUGAAGGGUGCAUACACGCCCUUAUUGAUCUGUGCUACCGGCCUCUGGCUAAAGAGGGCGCUGUAGCCAACAAAGUCCUGUUUACAAAUCAGGAGUCUCAGUAAGCCAGCGUGGUUACGCCAUCACGACAGGCGGUGGCACAUGCGCAAUAGCGAGAUGCUGGAGCGCGGCGUAGGUGGCUGUCGAGUCUCUUCCGGUCUCGGGUCUUAUCUUGGCACUGAGGGCGCCCGACUGGCGCUUUCGGCCGGCUUGGCAUUGGGUGGGCGGCUUCUUGGAACCCACAUGAGCCAGUGGCAUCAUCCCCGCAGUGGCUGGGGCCGGAGACGCGACUUUUCAGGGCGCUCCUCGGCCAAGAAGAAGGGCGGAAACCACAUCCCCGAAAGGUGGAAAUACUAUCUCCCAGUUGGACAGCGGAUGCCUGGGACUCAUUUCAUUGCUUUCAAAGUUCCUUUGCAAAAGAGUUUUGAAAAGAAACUUGCUCCAGAAGAAUGCUUUUCCCCUUUGGAUCUUUUUAACAAAAUCCGAGAACAAAAUGAAGAAUUUGGACUGAUUAUUGAUUUAACAUAUACUCAACGCUAUUAUAAACUAGAAGAUUUGCCAGAAACUAUUCCUUACUUAAAAAUUUUUACAGUUGGACAUCAAGUGCCUGAUGAUGAGACUAUUUUUAAAUUCAAACACGCUGUUAAUGGGUUUUUGAAAGAAAAUAAAGAUAAUGACAAACUUAUUGGUGUCCGUUGUACCCAUGGUUUAAACAGGACUGGCUACCUCAUUUGCAGAUAUUUGAUUGAUGUAGAAGGCGUGAGGCCAGAUGAUGCAAUUGAAUUAUUCAAUAGGUGCCGGGGACAUUGCUUAGAAAGACAGAACUGCAUCGAAGACCUUCAGAAUGGUCCUAUCAGAAAGAAUUGGAAUUCCAGUGUACCCAGGUCAAGUGGUUUUGAAGACUCAGCACCUCUCAUGCAACCAGUCCACAAUAAGCCUGUUAAGCAAGGACCUAGGUAUAAUCUACAUCAGAUCCAGGGUCACUCAGCUCCUCGACAUUUCCACACCCAGACCCAAAAUUUGCAACAAUCAGUCAGAAAAUUUUCAGAGAAUCCUCAUGUUUACCAGAGACGCCAUCUCCCUCCUCCUGGUCCCCCUGGAGAGGACUGUUCACACAGGAGGUACUCUUGGAAUGUGAAGCCCAAUGCCAGUCGGGCAGCCGAGGAUAGAAGAAGGUGGUAUCCUUACAAUUACUCCGGACUCUCCUAUCCAGCCUGUUGGGAAUGGACCCAGUGAUACAAACCUGUCCUGGAAUUCUACCUGGAGACCAGAGCUGGCCUGAAGAUUACUGGUGUGACUUUAAUUAGUUCAGGUCUAAUCAGGUUUCUUUAUUGUUCCCUUACGUAUUCAAGCUUAAGGAAAAAUUGCAUUGCUGUUUACUUCUUUGCUGAUAAAUUUGCAGUAAUUACAGCAUUGCAGGAAAAACAAUCUGUUAUUCCAGUCUUAAAUUUUUCUAAAAGAAGACAAUAUUUUAGAACUGAAGCAUUAAGAACUUCCCUUGCAAAUUAUUUUUAAAAUUCUAUCUUGUUUAUCUAUGUAUUUCUUUCUGACUAGACUUGUGAUAUGUGUGUGUUUAUGUACAGGAAUUUUUAGUGUUUUUGUUAUGUUCUGUUAUUGACCCAAAGGCCAUCUUUAUUUGCUAUAACUGUUCAAAAUUUAUAUUAAAAUCUGCUUAGGACAUAAUUUCUUUAGAACCUA